AUGCUCAACACAUCCCAAUCAAUCUCACGGCAGAACGACAUACCCGCAAUCAAUCCCGCCGCCAUCGUGCAGGCUCCAGGCAACGGCACCGCCACUCAUGAAAACGCUUCUGUUGACGCCGCCAAACCCACUGCGGGAGGAAUCUCACCCGCCUCAGUCCCGCGCCCAUCAAAUCCAAAAAAGCGUCCGCACCGAAGCAUAUCCCACGCCGAGAAGCGCCGCCUGUGUGAGCUUCAGGAUCAGCACCCGGAGGCGAGGCACAACUGCAUUGCCAAGCUGUUCCUUGACGAGUCUGGUCACCGCGUUGAGCGCAGCACGGUCACGCGAGUGCUGCAGCGCAAGGAUUUUUGGCUCAAAGCCGGUACCACGGACUCCAACCGAAAGCGCCUCACCUCGCCACGCUUUCCCAUCAUCGAGGAGGCCAUGUACGAGCUCAUUCGCAACCGCGCGCUCAGCCAAUCGCUCCGGUCAAAGCUUCAUGACCGGAACCUCAUGCAGAUCUCGCGCGAGAUUGCAAGCGCAAUGUCCGACAAGCACGGCAGUCUGGAUAAGAAUUCCCCCAACUAUUCGCCAAACCUCGCCCAAUUUCGCGGCAGCCUUAGCUGGAUUCAGUCUUUCAAGAAGCGCCAUGCCCUCUUUCCCGAAGACGACGAGUCCACGGACGGGUUCCAACUCCGUCCACCCGCAUCUCCACUAAUGGUCUACGACAUCUGGCAGACAGAACUCAACAUGAGCAUCACCCAACGUGAACUCGGAGACUAUACCAGACUGGAAGAUGUGUACAUGCUGGAAGCCACCGUGCUUGCCACAACCGCCAUGCCUGAACACGUGAAAGAAGCGAGUGUUAAUACACCGGCGGUAGCUUCCCAAGACGCAGAUGCACCCAGUAAUGAUGACUUCGGUCUCAUGAAUGCCUCAUACAACGAUCGUGAUUCUGGUUCUGGCGGCAUCGACUCUAGCGUGCCGAAUUUCAUUGACUUUCCACUUUCCUCACCAGGCUCGUCAUGGAACGCCCAGCGUUCGAAUAGCAGUAGCGGCCAUGAGCCCCACAGCGGCUUUUCGCAAUCACAGCCACAAGAUUCAUUGACCUGCGCCUCCCCCAAUGUCGACCGAGGUUCUCGAGACCAAGCAUCGACCGCUCGCAAUGCGGUUGAUGAAGAUGACAUCGUAGUUGCGUUGUUGUGCUCCAACGCCAUCGGGCAGCGUCCAGCCCCAUGGCUAGUCGGAAGACGGCCUUUAAAGACAGUUGGGAAACGCGAAGGCGAGGUAUGGCAUGAUUCCACGAUCAGGUACUUUCACAACGCCAAGGGAUGGCUCACUGCCCGCAUCAUAAAAAAGUGGCUCGUGGAGUUUGAUGCCUCUGUGGACCGACCUGUUGCAGUGUUGACUAGUUUACUCACUCGAUGCGACAUUGACCUUCUGAAGCUGAAGAAGGUCUCUGUGAUGCCGUUGCCUUCCACAUCCUGGCACGGAAGGCAUCGCAGCGCACCAAUGUGGAGAAGCAAAUCAAGUCCUCUCUACCACGGCAUUGAGGAAACGUUUCGUACAAAGUACCGCUGCAUGGUCAUGAACAAGGCCAUACAGACUGUUUGCCGCGGGACUCACGUGAAGCCCAUACCCCUCAAGGCGACUGCUGGGAUGAUUUGGGAGGCUUGGGGGAAUGUUCCUGUACCCGUCAUCAGACGGGCUUGGAGGGACCUUUCUUACAUGCCGGCGCGGCUGCACAGAUCAUGCGGCCAGCCCAGAAUGAAGCCGGGAACUGUGAAUGCACAAAUUCAUGAGCUGACAAAGUUGCUGCGGACGUACAAGGGUGCGCUAGCACAGACCUUUGGGGGCGUGCGCCACAGCGUUCGCCCUGCCGACAUUGAAUACGCGAUCAACAACCCUGAAAAGUAUGUAUGGCUAGCAGCGGAAUCGUCUGUAUUUCAUCCGAAGGGCACUGUGGCAGACUUUGUUCGAAGUGUAUGUUCAGCACAGAAGAGCAAGGACUAUGGCAUGGAGGACGUCAGCGUCCCUGGAAAAUUCCCCACACCGCCUAUUACGUCUUACGAGGAAGCCUUGUUGCUGACGAAUAAGCUGGCGGAAUUCAUGAAGAAUGAUGAGGAGUUGAACAAAGAACAGAGUCUGUAUCUCGUGAGCGCGUUGCAGCUUGAAUUCAAGAGGCUCUACGAUCAUAGACAAGAUACGGAGCAGACUAAUGCGUGGCCAACAGCUAAUGUACGGAGUAGCGUUUAG